CAAGCUCCACCUCCUGAGUUCACGCCAUUCUCCUGCCUCAGCCUCCCAAGUAGCUGGGACUACAGGCGCCUACCACCACACCCGGCUAAUUUUUUGUAUUUUUAGUAGAGAUGGGGUUUCACCAUGUUAGCCAGGAUGGUCUCGAUCUCCUGACCUCGUGAUGGGCCCAACUUGGCCUCCCAAAGUGAUGGGAUUACAGGCGUGAGCCACCGCGCUCGGCGCCUUCAUUUCUAAUUCUUAAUAUUGUCUCCUAAACGUGCAGAGACAAGCACACGUUUUAAAGGCUAAGGAGGCUGUAGGUAGCAGAAGGCUUUAAAAAGUAGCACCUUGCUCCUCCACUGGAUCGUUUGAGCUGAAGGGACAGCUGCUCUUUGGCUUUCAGCUGACCUCAGAAACUAGAAAUACUUAUUUCAGGCUCUGUCCCAUUGGCCACUGUGGUCAGGGGUGGAAAGCACCUGCCAGGUGUUGCCCUGAGAUUGACUGGGCUAACAAACUUUUCCACAAGCUUUGUGGUUGAACAGUAGCCCCCUCCUAACCCUAUCUUUCCUUGGCGUCCAAACUACAGCAGGUGUCGAGUGCCCCCUGGGUGCGAAGCUCGGUAUUAGGCAAAUAAGGGUGGUUGCUCUCCAAGGCGCUUAGUUGUCCCCUUCCUACUUUUUUGUUCGAGACUGCGUCUCGCUCUGUCGCCAGGCUGCAGUGGUGUGCUAAUGGUGGCUCACCGCAGCCUCGAUCUCCGGGGCUCUGGUGACCGUCCCACCUCAGCCUCCAGAGUAGCAGGGACCACAGGAGCGCGCCACCACGCCUAACUUUUUGUACUUUAUUUGCAGAGAUGGGGUUUCACGUUGCCCAGGCUGGUCUCGAAUUCGUGUGCUCAAACGAUCCGCCCGCCUCAGUCUCCCAAAGUGAUAGGAUUACAGGCGUGACAUGCCACAGUGCCCGACCAAGGCGCUUAGCUUUCACAACCACUUGUGUUGUUUUCACAACCACUUUCCUAUCACUAUCUACUGUUCCUAUUUUACAAAUGACAAAACUAACCGACAAAAGAGCGCUGGACCGUGGGAUCAGGGCACGUCCCUGUGGGGUAACCUUGAGCUGGUCGCUUGCCCAGCGCGGCAGCUGAUAUCUGAAGUGUCUUCCAGUCCCAACACUCGACCUAACUCAAGGUCACCAGUGCUCAGCUGCGGCUGGAACUGGAUCUCGAAAAUUGAAGGCCUUCUCUGCUACAGCCUUCGUUCCCGGGGGCAGAAAGAGGAAGCUGCUCAGCUGUGGGCACGCCGGCGCCUUCGCAGAGGCCCUGGGCUCGAGGUCCGGCCCGGAUGCGCAAGUUCCGGCCUGAAAUGAACUAUGGGGUCCAGGAGGGGUCGCCUUGUUCCUCCGGAAGGCUUCCCCUUCAGCCAAUCACCGUUCGAGGUCCGCCCCCCGUCCCCGGAAGGAGCCGUCGCCCCGAGCAACUACAACGUCCGGCUUUCUGAGUUGGGUGGCUGGAAAGGCGAUGACCGCCGGGAUCCUCCUGAGGUACCUGCAGGAGCAGAACCGGCCCUACAGCGCCCAGGAUGUGUUCGGGAACCUGCAGCGGGAACACGGACUGGGCAAGGCGGUGGUGGUGAAGACGCUGGAGCAGCUGGCACAACAAGGCAAGAUCAAAGAGAAGAUGUACGGCAAGCAGAAAAUCUAUUUUGCGGAUCAGAGCUCAAGGAAUUAUCUAGUGCCCUGACCACACCAGAGAUGCAGAAAGAAAUCCAGGAGUUAAAGAAGGAAUGUGCUGGCUACAGCGAGAGAUUGAAGAACAUUAAAGCAGCUACCAAUCAUGUGACUCCAGAAGAGAAAGAGCAGGUAUACAGAGAGAGGCAGAAGUACUGUAAGGAGUGGAGGAAGAGGAAGAGGAUGGCUACAGAGCUGUCUGAUGCAAUACUUGAAGGAUACCCCAAGAGCAAGAAGCAGUUCUUUGAGGAAGUUGGGAUAGAGACGGAUGAAGAUUACAAUGUCACACUCCCAGACCCUUGAGGGGCCCACAGUCAGGAGUUGUGGGGACUGCAGGAUGUCAGAAGAGUGAGACGUCCUGGACUGGCUACCUUGUUUUUGGUUGGCUUUUGUUGUUGUUCCUGCUGCUUUUCACCUUUAAGCAAAGCAGUCAGGAGACGGGCAUAAACCAGAGCACUGGGUGGAGGAUGAGGGCUGGUGGCUGGGGUAGACCCAGCCCAUUUCAUUGUCUAAAUUGCAGUAGCUUGAGGUUAACAUUUAGACUUGAACAAUGCUAAAGGAAAGCAUUUGGCAACAUUUAUUGUAAUUUAAUUUGAUAUAAAAAUAUUUAAUUUCCUCUGGAUAGUCAAACCUGCCAGAUACCAAACCUGAGGAAGGCAGAAGUGAACCUGGAGAACUAAGGCAGAGAGAGGUUGCUAUAAAAUGAGCAUUUGGAGGGCCCACAGCUUCACUCAGGACCUACUGGGCUUGUGUACCCCAGGAGACCUUUCGAGUAUCUUUUGUACUCUUUCACCCCACCCCCAAGUCCUAGGAGAAACGCAGGCAACACUGAGACAUGGGAGAGGCCAAGAUAUGCUAGACAGAAAGGCUGGGGGUGAUUUUGAGGCCCACUUAAUAUUUCAAAAUUGUAACCGUAGCAAAAUUCCAUUGGUAUUUAGAAAAAUAAAAAAUUUCCAGUAUGUA